CAUUGUCCGUGUUCUUCCGUCUUUUAUAGGCAUUACGCGUUUAUUGCUUAUAGUUGUUAGUUGACACUGUUCGCUGUUGACAUUCGAUCAGUGAAUUCCUUUCCGUAAACUCAUUUUGUAUUUUGAAAUUGACGCGUAGUGCGUACCUAUCGAUAUUUUUUCUAAUUUUUAAAAAUAAUACCUAAGAUGCCCAAAAGACGAUGUAGUUUUAAUCUAAAAUUAAAAACGCAGUUUCCUAAUUUAAGAGAUGCUGACGAAAUAGGGAAAGUUCUGUGUACCGAGUGUAAAUCUGUAUUCUCAAUAGAACAUGGUGGGAUAUCAGAUAUCAAACAGCACUUACAAAAACGCAAACAUGUAUUGGCCGUGUCUAGUUCUAGCAGUGCUAAUAAAUUAGCGUCAUAUUUUAUCAAUAAAGGAAAAUCUGGGCUAUCAGAUGAGAGCAAACAUAUUGCGGCAGAAGAAGGUAUGUUUGCUUUUGAUACUAUAAUGCACAAUCAUUCUAUUCGAUCCAUGGAUUGUACGUCCUCACUGAUAAAAAAAAUGCACGAUAAAAAAUUUUCUUGUGCUCGAACGAAAUGUGAAUUGAUUAUUUCAAAAGUAAUUGCCCCUUUUGCAAUGGAACAAGUUUUAGAAGAGUUAAAAAAUACUAAAUUUGCAACACUUAUGGUGGAUACAUCAAAUCACAAAAAUCUAAAACUUGUACCAAUUCUUAUCCGAUAUUUUAAUCCCAAAGAAGGUGUACAAGUCAAAGUUUUAGAAUUUACAAAUUUACAAGGUGAAACCGCGGAUAUUUUAACUAAAUACAUAAUGGAUGUUUUAAAAAAAUAUAAUCUAUCCGAUAAAAUAGUUGCCUUUUCGGGUGAUAAUUGUAAUACGAAUUUCGGUGGCGUCGAAAGAAAAGGCAUAAAAAAUGUUUAUGCAAUUCUUAACGAAAAUUUAAAAACAAAUAUUUCAGGCAUUGGUUGUGCGGCUCAUAUCUUACAUAACGCAAUGCAAACCUGUACGGAUAUUUUGCCAAUCGACAUUCAAUCCAUAGUUAAUAAAAUAUUUCAAUUUUUUCAUAUAUAUACAGUUCACGAGGAGCAAUUCAAAGAAUUUUGUGAUUUUGUAAAUGUCGAGUUCAAAAAUAUUUGGGCACUGUUAAAACACGAUGGUUAUCUUUGUUACCAGCUGUUACUAGAAUUUUAGAUUUAUUUCCAGCAUUAAAAACGUAUUUUCUAACUCUAGAUAAAUGUCCUACAAUUUUGAAACAGUUUUUCGAUAACCCUGUUUCUAUUGCAUGGUUGUAUUUUAUUCAAAGUCAAUUGAAGGUAGUUUGCGUCACAAUAACGAUAAUUGAAAGCGACAAUAUUUCAGCAAGUGAAGUAUAUGAAGAACUGGAAGUGGCAUGUGGAAAAAUAAGGAACAGGCGAGGCCAACAAUUUUUUAUAUCAAAAUUAGCUUUAAUCAUUGAAGACCUUGAUAAAAAAAAGAUAUACAGCAAAAAUAAUUUUAUAGAAAAAGUUGAUGAUUUUUAUAGUGUUUUCUUAUCUUACGUAAAAAAACGGAGUUUUCAUUUUGAACCAUUCAACAUUUUUCGAAAGAUUCAAUUAUUAAAUAUUCCUACUUGGGUAGACGUUCAAGAAAGUAUUCAAUAUUUAUUUAAAAAUAAAAAACUCAACCUAGAUUUGAACAUGGACGAGGAUUUGAUGAAUAUAAUCAUGUAGUUCAUGUGAUACAAGUUAAAAUUAUAGAA